GAGCUGUCUGUUAUCGUGUUCAGUAGCGUUCCAGCAGUUGGUAUUGUAUAAAUAUUCAUUCUGUGCGACAUGUCCGAGUCCGGCCACAGUCAGCCCGGUAUGUACGGGCAGGGACGCAGAAGAAGGCGACGCCGGGGAGAAAGAGAUGGACCUCCGGGACAAAAUCUGUCUGGCCCCAGUCGAGAUCGGGAAUAUCAACCGAGAGAACGAAGAGAUGGGAGCGAGGAUCCACCAGGCCCUCUCAUUCAGAAGACGCCCAUUAUUCUUGCAAAGCCUCCAGGGGAAAGGGCUAAAUCAUCACAAAAUGCACCCGUCAGCGGAGCUGCAGUCCCGGAGAAGCCCAUCAUGCUAAUGAAAGCCAGGGAUGAUGCAGGGAAGCCAGCGCCAGAGGCAGCAGCUCAGUCUGCUGGUCCUGGACCCUCCAAGAUGGAGAAAGAGGGUCAACGGCCAACUCAACCUGUUUACCAGAUCCAAAACCGAGGAAUGGGCCCAUCUGCUUCUAGCAGUGUUAUGGAUCCCAUGGUUGGUCAGUCUAAACUCCUUCAUCCAGAGAAAAUGAAACACAGCAUCAAGCUUGUGGAUGAUCAGAUGAACUGGUGUGACAGCGCCAUGGAGUAUUUGAGGGACCAGACAGACAUGUUGGUGGUGGGAGUUAUUGGGCUGCAGGGAACUGGGAAAUCUACAAUAAUGUCUCUGUUGUCAUCCAACGCACCUGAGGAAGAUCAGAGGAGUUACGUAUUCAGGGCCCAGACUCAAGAAAUUAAGGAAAGAGGAGGAAAUCAGAGCACGGGUAUUGAUUUCUUCAUCACACAGGAGAGAGUCAUCUUCUUGGAUACACAGCCCAUGCUUAGUCCAUCUAUCCUAGAUCACGUAAUCAACAACGAUCGAAAGUUGCCUCCGGAGUACAACCUUCCUCAUACUUAUGUGGAAAUGCAGUCUCUUCAGAUCACUGCCUUCCUGUUUACAGUGUGCCAUGUAGUGAUAGUGGUGCAGGACUGGUUCACCGACUCGAACCUUUACAGGUAACUGCAAACAUCUGAGAGGGCAAACAAAAUACAUAAAAAAAGAAGAAUACAGCUGUGCACAAACAUGAUGAAACUUGUGUAUCUAUUUAUGCUCUUAGCAAAUUGGCACCUAUAUGAGGGAACGUUAUCCAUGUUAGACCGCAACAUCUUCCCAGGGCUCGGGCAGGAAUUCCUGGGUACUGAAGUCAACAUGUUUCUGCUUCCAGUCCAAGAAAACGACCGAGAUGAAAACCUGAACAAAGCAGGGUCAGGAACAUACCCACUGUUCUCUCUGCUGCCGGGAUACAGAGGACACCCCACCUUUUCCACUUUAAUCUCAAAACUCCGCAGCCAAAUGCUCGCCAUGCCCCGCUGUCAGCUGUCACACACUAUUCUCACGGAGAAAAACUGGUUUCAUUAUGCAGCUCGUAUCUGGGACGGUGUGAAAAAGUCCUCAGCACUCUCCGAAUACAGUCGACUCCUUAGUUAGCUCCUUGGUUGAAAUGCUGUUCAAAGAGUGGCAUUUUAAAUCUGACAUUAGAGUAUCAUGGUGUUAUGGCCAAGAAUGUUUGCCUGACAGGCUGAGAGUGUUCAUGACUCGCAUGAGGAGUGUUAAACCAAACGAAGGAUAGUUCUCGUUUAUUUCAACAUUCACACUAAUGGAAGACUUCCUAUGUGUUUAUAGCCCCAAGAC